AAACCUGUUCUAGCCAUAAUUUGCGUGGUAGUAGGAAUAUCAGCAGUGGUGGUACUAGCCGUAGAAUAUAGUCAUCCUACUUCUAAACAAAAUACAGACUGUGAACCUAAGCCGAUGUCCGGAAAGCUGAAAUUUAAUUCAUCAAUAGAAAUCACAUGUGUGUAUCCAAGUGAUACACCUAUUAACGACUCAAUUGUGAUCUUGGAAUUCAUACCAGAAACAGGCCCAACCGAAGGCAUUAUGGAAAUAAACAGUACAGUAGAGGCAAAACCAUUCCGCAUUGGACGAUGGAACAUUAAAAUUAAGGAGAGCUCGGUUGAAUUUCAUGCAGAUCCCAAUAAAUGUGACGAGAAUGGAUAUUAUCAUAUAACUUUGUAUAGUGUUAAUUCGACAGAGAAUUUCAAUGAUACAGUGGGCAUCAAAUAUGAAAAUGAAGUGUCGGCUGACCAGAUGGAUAUCAGAAAAUCAGAGAAGAAUGGUGUUUACGAGAUCACCUGUUCAACUUCCGGUUACCCACCGGCGACAAUCAUCAUACAGAGGACUAUACAGAAUAUUACCUACCCUCUCAAUAGUGUAAACUCUUCAUGUGUCAUGGGAUGCAACGGAAACGAUGGUUGGUCUGCUCAGUGUACCGGAAGUAUUCCCAUAACUUCUGUGAGGUCUCUGGACGAAGUUACAUGUCACACUGUCCGAUGAAGAGGAAUUUUAGCAUACUGAGGCAAAUUUUAAAUCAAUGUAUGACACUUUCUACAUUCAUUAUAAUAUUUUAAAAAAUGGUAAA